GUCAGAGUAAACAUCGCUCAUGGCACCGCCUACUCUAAUGAAGGGUGUGCUGUGGACGCUUGCGGUGGCUUGCGCAUGUGCUGCAAGUCAAGAGGAACCAAGAGAAGUCCCAAUCAUUAAACAGAUCAACAGGGUCAAUGACGACGGCACAUACACUUUCGGUUAUGAAGCAGCCGAUGGGAGUUUCAAAAUUGAGACUAGAGAUGUUCUAGGAAAUGUGAAAGGAAUGUUUGGCUAUAUAGACGAGCAAGGACAGCUUAAAAGAGUAUCGUACACCGCUAACAACGGUACAGGAUUCCAAGCCACUGGUAAUAUUCCAGGUAUAACGGACGGAGGAGUUACCAGACGUCCAGUCCUUGUAUACAGAGGGAUAAACAGACCAGUGACAGAACAAAAUGAUGAAGACGAAGCAUCAACCACACCUUCAUACGGUGAUUACAUUAACGGCAGAAGGGGUUACUUCACAUCGACAACAGCAGAUCCAACCACCCGACCACCAGUAAGAGUUUUAGUCACCAAAAGGCCUGUAAUUGAAAAUAGGAAUCCAAACGUAAUUAGAAGACAGCUAGAUCGAGAAAGAGAUGACUACUCGCCCAGAAGAAUUCACUACCAGCCAGUGGGACCAGAUCCAAGAGAAGUCUACAGAAAUCUAUUGCUCGAACAGAACAAUCUGAAGCCAGACCCACCAAGGACAAGGUAUUAUACACCCAUCGAUCAGGAAUAUCCUGAAAGAACCAUGCAUGCUUCGCCGAGGUACGUUCCUCCUCCACCACCACCACCACCACCUCCAGUGCCAAGAUACAGAGUGUACGAUGAGCAAUAUCCAGUUCCUGAUAGAAGAUUUCCUGUCCCAGUACAAAGACCUUAUGACGAAUACUUACCACCUCCACCUGACUACGAAGCAUUUAGGGCUGCCAUGAACUAUUUAUUGCAAUAUCUUCAGUACAUGCGACGGAUGGAUCCGUACCCACCGUAUCCAUAUCCUGCCGAUCCUUAUAACCCAAGACCUAGAUUGCCCUUUUACCCACCACCGAGAUUGCCUCCAGUUGCUCCUGGUCCUCCUAUACCACCCGGUCCUUUACCACUCCCCACACCAUAUCCAACAGCUAAUGUCCCUUACAUCAAUCCGAACGUCCAAUACUCAACAGGAAGGGAAAAUGCACAGGAGGCUUUAGCAAGCUUGAAAGCUCGUAUGGACCAUUCAGACCAGUCUGACAGCGGCGAUACACGGCCUCCUUCUUCAGCUCUUAUCCGAAUGUUGUUAGCAAGACCGAACGUCACCCAAAGACCUGCUAUAAGGAGUGUUGAAAUCCUCGGAACUGCGAAGUCAACUACAUCGACUACAACUGAAAAUUCUGAUGUAAUGGAAGCUUCUAGUUAAAAUCCAUUCUUAAUAAUUUGUAUACUAUUUAUUACCAUUAUUUCCAACUGAUUAAUUAUUUAUAUUUUUUUAUACUUUAAUUAGAGAUAAGGAUUUUUUGUACAUUUUUAUACACGAAUACAUUUUUUGUCAUA